AUUUUGUUAGAGGAAAAAAAGUAUAAUUGUUUUCCCUCUCUCUGUCGCUACUGGAUCGUCUACUCCGUUGAACGGACGUCGAUCGGACCAGGACAUCGUGCUUCUCAAGAUCCAUACCUCAGCCGUCGCCAUUGCCAUGGUCUGUCAAAUUCAAGUUGCGUGUACUGCAUUGCACACUUUCUCCAGUUCCACGGGCACUACUCAGCUGGGUCUCCUUUUCAAUGGUUCUACUGCAGCUAGACCCUUUUCUCAAUGAACUUACUAGCAUGUUUGAGCGCAGUACCGAGAAGGGUUCAGUCUGGGUUACUCUAAAACGAUCAUCACUGAAGUCCAAAGUGCAGAGAAAUAAAAUGACCACUGCUGGUCAACCCAUCGAAUACCGAUGCCUCAUUCGUGCAACUGACGGGAAGAAGACAAUUUCAACUUCUGUUGGAGCAAAAGAUCACCUGAGAUUUCAAGCUUCCUACUCAACCAUUCUUAAAGCCCACAUGACUGCUCUCAAAAAGAGAGAGAGAAAGGACAAGAAGAAGGCAGCAGAGGCAGAGAAGGGUCUGAAGAAAAAACCCAGGAAAGUGUAAAGGGAGGCUCUCUUGCUUCUGUAGGUCCUCAAGGUAGUGUAACUAUUUCUUCGCUACCCUUCUUUUCACGAUGAUCCUUUGACCUGAUGAUGAGUGUAAUGCUUUCCCAUAAUUUCUAGGAAAAUGAAGAGGAAAGAAUACUUGAUCUUGUCCUUUGCUUGGCCAUUUUUUAACUUAAACAAGAUUUAAAAUAUACAUGUGAUUUUAUUGUAGAAUUGUCUGGAAGUAACUACUUUUGGUUCAUUUAAGCAGAAUACAGACUUCCC